CAGGAGGGAGCGGAUGAGAUAGACAAACAGAAAGAGCCCGUGUGCGUGACGCACGGACGCCGUGACUCCGCCGCAAAGAGAGGGAGAGUCCACUCUCUGAAGAAGCAACGGCGACGCCUCCGACGACGAGCACAGCUGCCCAGCAAACUAGCAGCGCCCUCGUCAGUUCCGUCUCGUUCCCAACCUCUCCCGGAUUCGAUUCGAUUGACCCGUCCGCUCCAAAUCGAAUCUAAUCAGCAGUUUUGGAGUUGCGGAAGGGAGAAAGAGAGAGAGAGAGAGAGGAGAGGGGCAUGGAUCAGGUGCUCAACAAGGUGGGGAGCUACUGGUUCAGCAAAAGGGCCAGCAAGGAAAUCGACUCCAUCGGCGACGACAUCAGCUCGAUCUCAAGCAGCAUUGGAGGGUCAGCCAAAUGGAUGGUGAACAAAAUUAAAGGGAAGAUGCAGAAAGCACUUCCAGAUCUCCUCAAGGAAUAUGACAUGCCAGCAGGGCUCUUCCCACGGGACACGACUAACUAUGAGUUCAAUGAAGAGACAAAGAAGCUGACAGUGUACAUCCCGUCAGCCUGUGAUGUUGGUUACAAGGACUCGUCAGUGCUGCGGUUCUUCACCUGUGUGACCGGCUACCUUGAAAAGGGGAAGUUUUCCGACAUCGAGGGCAUGAAGACCAAAGUGCUGGUCUGGACCAAGGUGACUGCCAUCAAGACCGAGGGCCCAAAGGUCCAUUUCACUGCAGGCGUGAAGAAGACUCGGAGCCGUGAUGCCUAUGAGGUCGUCAGAGAUGGUAUCACCAUAGACAAGUUCUAGAGCAUAUACCUGGCAUGAAAAAUGUGACGCGGUUAUUCAUAUAUGCUUCUCUCCUCUCAGUUGGUACACCGAAAUUCAUACAAUAUCGUGGGCUAAUUCUGCAUUUGUAUGAAAGUUUAAUAUGCUUGACGUGUUAAUCACACUGCUAGAGCAUGCGAUAAAUCGCAGUUGGUUCAUUAUUAGGAAAUUGCAUUGAGCUGUAAUCA